ACAUGACGUUUCUGUAAAAAUCUUUUGUUUUGUUUUUCAAUGGAAUUUCAAAUUUGAAUAAAAUAAAACCAUCACAUUUGUAAAUAACUUUAAAUUUUAAUUUUCUAUGACAAUUUUAAAAGGUAUCAAACUAAUGAUAUUAUUUGAUUAUUGAAAAUGGUGAAGGUUUGGAAACUGGGUCUCAUAAGUUACGAUACUGCAUACAAAAUCCAAUCUUCUAUCGCUCGGAUGCACCUGAACUCUAUGAAGAAUGGAGUUAAUGGAGAUUACGACACCUUGCUAUUUGUAGAACAUAAGCCAGUCUAUACUGUUGGUAUAAGAGAUGAAACUGCCAAAGAAGACAUCAUGAGACUACAGCAACUGGGUGCAGAAUUUCGAAAGACAAACAGAGGUGGCCUAAUCACCUUCCACGGCCCAGGACAAUUAGUUGCAUACCCAAUUAUCAACUUAAAAAACUUUAAAACAAGUGUAAGGUGGUAUGUGGAUAGAUUAGAGGAAACUGUUAUAAAAAUAUGUGAUGAAUUAGGUAUAAAAGCCAACAGAUCACCAGAUACAGGAGUUUGGGUAGAAGACAACAAAAUUGCGGCCAUUGGCAUACACGCGUCCAGGUAUGUCACCACACAUGGAAUCUCUUUGAACUGUGACAAUGAUCUGACGUGGUUCAAGCAUAUUGACCCUUGUGGCAUUAAAGAUAAAGGUGUUACAUCAUUAACCAAUGAAACUGGUGUUAUUUGCACCACAAAUAACAUGAUGCCAAUAUUUUUAAAACAUUUUGAACAAGUAUUUGAUUGUAAAACUGAAGAAUUUGAUACUGACCUCCAAAAAAAAAUACUUGAUGGACUCUAUAAUAAAAUUAUGAUUGAUGCAAUGUAGAAAUUAGUACCUAUGUUUUCUAGUAUAAUUUGUUGAGACAAUAUGUCAUACUUGUUAUUUAUUUCUAAGUUUACAAAUGUGAUGAAAUAAAAAAAACCGUAUGAUUUGUACAAA